CAGCAACCAUCAUAGUUUACAACAUGUCGACCGCCUGAGUCUGUAUUACGUUUUUCAAUUCCACUGUACCAGCACGUAUGCCAAAUGAAGGCGGUUGAAAUCAGUUAUUAAACAAAAGUGUUAAAGUUCAUACAGAAUGUAUUGCAACCAGAUAAAUAUAAGUUCGUUCAGUAGGUAGCAAUGGAAGCGCGGUUUGGAAAUUUAACCUUCACGUCAAAGUUUGAUUCUGGUAAUUUGGCCAGAGUGGAGAAAGUUUCUAAAGAAGAUGAUGAGGAGGUGUCCAAUGCAAAUGUUAAUUACUACCUUGGAGAUCUAAGACAUGAUGCAGAGUUUAAUCUGUGGACAAAACCUGACUGUGCUGGAUCCCCUGCAGAAAACAGUAACAGAUCCUGGUUCUACUUUGGAGUUCGUGGGUGGGUGCCCAAUCGGUUGAUUAAGUUCAACAUCAUGAAUAUGAAUCGACAGGGCAAGCUCUACGGUCAAGGUUACACUCCUUUAACGCGCCUUCUUCCUAGUCGACCCAAGUGGGAGCGCAUACGAGACAAACCAACAUUUGAGGUAAUAGACAACCAGUUCAUUCUGACCUUCACCUACCGAUUCCCCGACCUCAAGGGAGGGACAUGUUACUUUGCCUUCAGCUACCCAUGGUCAUACACAGAGUCACAGGAGCAGCUACAGAUCCUGGACAAGAGAUUUGAACACUGUCUCCACAUGUCCCCAGGCAGCCCACCAGAAAGACUUUACUACCAUCGAGAACUACUGUGCUACUCUCUGGACAAGCUACGUGUUGAUUUAUUGACUAUCACAUCCUGUCAUGGUAAUACAUUCUGUCGAGAAACUCGAUUUGACAAGCACCUGUUUCCAGAUCAAGACACUCCACGAUGCUACAAAUUCAAGGACAAAAGGGUAUUUCUUCUCAGCAGUAGAGUUCACCCAGGCGAGACACCAGGAAGCUUUGUGUUCAAUGGUUUCCUGGACUUUAUUUUGCGUGAAAAUGACCUCCGAGCAGCGCAGCUUCGACAGCAGUAUGUUUUCAAGCUGAUCCCCAUGUUAAAUCCUGAUGGGGUCAUGCGAGGUCACUAUCGAACAGACCAGCGAGGCAUGAACCUGAAUCGCAUGUACCUGGACCCUAGUCCUAUCCUUCACCCAUCUAUUUAUGCAGCCAAAAGCCUUCUUGUAUACCACCAUGUUAUGAAUCAGCUUCCUCGCCUUGGAGGAGAGCCUUUGAAAAUUCAUAUCAAUUUUCCAUGUGAUGAACAAAGUUCUGGUAAAGAUGGCCCUGGUGUCCCAAAUUCACCUCAAGAAAGAAGUGGCGGGGACCAAGAUGUUUUGCAAAGUGGUGAGCAUGAUAUCACUCUGUCCUCAGAUAGCCACAAGCAAACCACUAGGAGACAGAAUGAGACAAAGACGAAAUCAUAUCAGCAUCCUCUUGUGUCAGCCUCUUUGAAACAUGUGCCUGCCAUUCAGUCAAAUUCUGAAAAGUGGCUGGAAGCAAAUAUAGCAGGUGGCACUACCAGCUUGGAGCUGCUUUCCCAGCAGGAGUCAGCAAAGGUGGAGCCUCUCAAUCUUACUGACUUAUACAUGUCAGAUGAGUCUGCCAGUGACUCCUGCCCUCCAGCAGGUCUUGAAAACAAUCAGAUUUUUCAUGUGAGCUCAUCUAGCAGCAGCGUAGUCAGCCUUGACAAGCUUCACUUGCCAGCAACUGGCAUGGUCAAUGGCCAGGCUGAGAUGCAUCAUGUGGAUAGUGAGCUUUGCCUGCAUUUGUCAGAACUGAACAUGUCAGAAGAUUUAUGCAGUAACACCCUGGCUGAUGAUGCCUCUUUUGAUUCUGAUACAGAAGCAACAGAAAGGCUUGGAAAUGAAGGUUCUGAAGAUGAAGAAGCAUCUCCAGUAACAUUAGAAGGGCUGUCAGGAAACUGCUCGCCUCAUUUAUCGGAUGCUCAACUACUUGAAAUUCAUCCUCAUGACAGUGGUGUUGCCUUCUAUAUGGAUCUGCACGGACACGCGUCAAAACGAGGCUGCUUCAUCUAUGGGAAUUAUUUUGACAAUGAAGAUAUACAGUUAGAGAGCAUUCUGUAUGCUAAGCUUAUCGCCCUCAACUCAGCACACUUUGACUUUGGUGCCUGCAAUUUUUCGGAACGCAACAUGUAUCUCAAAGACAAACGAGAUGGAUUUUCCAAGGAAGGGAGUGGACGAGUGGCCAUCUACAAAGCCAUUGGCAUUAUUCACAGCUACACUUUGGAGUGUAAUUACAACAUGGGCCGCUUGGUCAAUUCAGUGCCCCCUGCCUUCAGAGAUGAUGGUCGGGCCACACCCCCUCCUCUGGCAGGGUUCCCACCAAAGUUCACUCAGGCUCAUUAUGAAGAGGUUGGGAGAGCUGUAGCUGUGGCAGUGCUGGACAUGAGAGAUACCAAUCCCUGGUCCCGAGUUAGUCUAUCCGAAUACAACAGCAUUCAUGGGCUCAGGGACUGGGUACGGCGGUAUUUACGCAGCUUGCGUGGUGGGCCAAGGAUUCCACGUAAUCCAUCACUGAAGAGCAUGAACAAGAAUGGCAACAAUGGUUUACCUGGGAAAAGUGACUUAACACCUGUCCAGAACACCACCAGAGUAUCCGCUGGUCGCGUUAUUGGCCUUGAUUCUAGCAGCCGUGCAAGUGCCAUUCGACAAACUUCACAGAAUAGCGCCACAACUGGCAGACGUGAACUGGCGCCAGUCAAAGAAGCCACCCGGAACACUACGUUCUCCAACAUGCGCACCCAGAUGAGACGCCACAGCAGUACUAGCAGCUCCCCUCCAAAACUGAGCUCCUUAAGUGGACCCUCCCUCCCUGUCCCCCCAGUACAGACGCAGGGCAACAGUGAGCAUUACUCUAUGAUGACGACCUCAUCCAUAGCUGCAGAUACAAAAGUGAUGCGACACUUUUCAGCAGACAGCAGUUUUCGGCUUCAUGGGGAAGAUAAAGUGCAGCAACUUAAAAACUGUGUAGCUAUAGCCAGACGCGGAGGACCUACAAGCCGAAUCCCUCUUCCCACCAGUCAGUCCCGUCUGACACUGACAGCACAGGCCAACUCUUUGUCCGAUGCUGGCUUGACAGUCAGAGUCUUAUCAAAGACUACAAUUCUGGGGCAAACACAAACUGGAACUUCCAAUUUGUCACCUGUCAGAGAGAAAUCAAACUUUGCUUUCAUGGAGUCAGCAGAUGCCUCCCUCAGCAGGACUUUGCCUGCCUCUCUACUGCAGUCCACCAUGCAGAACCAACCACUGGCCCAGGUUCACAUUGUGGGCUCCCAGAUGUUACAGGCAAGUGCACCACCUCCAUCUCCAACCCAUUCACAGGCUCAGGAGGCUCCGCAGCCUUCAAGGGCACUCAUGUCGCUGGCAGGUGCGCCAUCUCUCUCUUCAACUCACUCCUUGCUUCAUAAAGACCAGCUUCAGCCUCCAACAGGCCUCAAGUCUCUGACAGGCAUUGGAGAGUCCAAGAGCAAUAUGCCUAAGUCCCAGACGUCGCUAUUGGAAUGUAAGACGUCGUACACAAGUAGCAAGCCCCAAACCUGGGGUCGCUAAAGGUCAGAACAAGGGAGCUGUUAGUGGUGGUGGUGAUGUUGAGCCUGCUAAAUCACACAGGUGUAAACGUCGAGGCCCUCGUAAGCCCAUUGUAGUAAAUGAAGCACCUGUUGUGGUUUCAUCUAAGAUGACUGCUGUCCAGGAGGAAGAGAUGGGGCAAGUUUGCUUGUGUGGCCUUCCCUUCCUCCCCUUGUCUACAGCCCCCACCUGACUCUUACUUUGCCAGUCGGCGCCCCUCAUCAUUGUACGCCUUUGCCUCUACAUUGCCAGUUUAUUUAUCUGCCCUUUGUCCCUGACCUCGCCUCAUCUUCUUCAUGGAUUGAUUGGCAGUUUACCAAUCAGUUACAGAUUUGUAUUGCUAGCGUCAUUUUGAUGGUUAGUAUUCACAUGAUGCUGUCUUGGAUAUUUCAGUUCUUGGAUUUAAAGAAAAUACUAAUGUAGGACAAAUAUUGACAUAGGGCAAGUACUGAUAUAGGACAAAGUUCACAAAGAGUUGAAGAGGAAAAAGCAUUUUACUUUUUUUUUUGUCCUUUAAAAGGCAGAAAGCUCUAUAAAUAAUUUUUUAAACAUAUUUUGUUUGCAUGUUUACAAGUCUUUAUUUAUGUACACACACACACAAAAAGAGAAAAAGAUCUUCGAUGUGCGUGUGAGAUUUCCUUACCAUCUGAUAAGUAUUUUGUGUCACCAUUAUUACAAGUCUAGAAAAAGAGAAGCUUUCAAUGUGCAUAUAUUUCCUUACAUUGUAUGUGCUAUACAUGUUUCAUCUGUUUGUGGAUAACUAUUAUCUUAUUUUGCUACAUAUAAGAAGAUUCAAGUCUACAUUGAGAAACAUGAUCGCAUUUUGAUGGGACAUCUAAUUUACCACGAGAGAAUAUUUUAUUUAAUGUAUGCUUUUCAUUUAAAAUUGCUGUCUGAUUGCUUCUUGACUUCAGUGCAUCAUGGGAAGGAAGCAGAUACACCAUAUGUCAGACUAACACCCAGGAUCAUCACCUUGUCAAUGACGCACCACCAAAACAGCUGUCAGACCCAGCUCUUGCGUUUCAGUACAGCAAACCGCAACAACAUUGACAAUCAGAUGGGACAUCCCAUCAGAGACCCCAGCAAACAAAUUGAGAAGCCAGUUGAUGAGCACUGAUAAUAAGCGAAGGAGAAUCUUUUGGGUUGACAUGUAAAAAAAUAAAACUUUUAAAUAGCCGUGAUAGCUGCAUAUUUUUAAAUAUCUCUCAAAGAGAUACAAAAUUGCAUCAAAUAGCCAGUUGCUAUUGUGAAUAGGUGCAAAAAGCACCAGGAGUUUGAAAUGGUAGCACUUAAGUGUCUUUCUUUGUGCAUAGCUUGGGUGAUCGACUUCUGAACCAAUCACAAUUGCUUUUUCUUUUUUUGCCUGCUUUAAUCUUGUUUACAUUUCAAAAUUUUCUUACUGCUUAUGUGUGACUCUAGCAGCUGAUGUGUGGCUAAUAAGGGAUAGGUGUGGACCUGUCAUGAAGAUUCUGGAGCUUUGUGAAGAAGUUCGUGUUAGGAACUUAACAUUUCUGACCAAGAACUACAGCCUUGUCAAGACCAGAAAAACUUCAGAAUAACUUACAUCUCUCUACAAGUUUGCAACCUUUCACAGUUUUUCAAGGACUGGAAUGUUUUUAAACAUUGGAGAUUAGAUCUUGUACACCCUGGGAUACAAAGCAGCAGAAGCUAGCAACAGGUUGCCAUAGAAACAGACCUGCAGAGUGGAAUAUUUCUUCAGCAUCAUGUUUGCUAGACUGGAUUGCAUUUGGUUGUUUCCAGACUUAAAAUUAUUACAGGUUUAAUCCACAUAAUCUUUAGUUUCUUAUAGCAAGAAACAUGAAGACUGAUCUUAUUGAGAAGAUUGUGUUUUUUAUUCUUGAUGACAUAAAACAAAUCCAAUCACUUAAAGCUUUGAACAAGAGGGAACUGUAUGUUAUUUUAUUAUAGUUAAUAAUUUUACGUGAACAUUGAAGUCUUUCAAACUAUGUCAUUUCUUAAUAAUUCGGGCCAAAGUACAGAUGUUUGUUUGCACUUACCCAUAUGCUGUAAGGGAGUGCAAGCUGUCAGCAUUUGACUUGUGGAGUUAGCUGGCCUGAACCAUUCUCCAUCUUGAACCGUUUUCUUCUUUUUCAGUUUCAAUUUCUCACCAGGAUUGGCGGCAGUUUAAUGAUGCUUUUUUUUUUUUUGCAUAUUUACGGCUGUUCAGAGAAUGUAUACCCAGCGUAUCACUUCAGUCUUCAUUAUAGAAUGGGCCAAUUUUUUCAAAUGAUUUUCUAACAUGAUGAUUCCAAAAUCGAGAAUAUUUUACCAACAGUUUUUAGAAUUGAAUGCAUUCUGCCAAGAUGCAGCAGUUGAGAUGUAAACUAUAACAUAGGAGGACAAAAGUCCUAGAUACAUGCACUGUAUUGGCUAGCAUGCACUGGUAUGAUGCAGGAUAAAAGCACCAUAUUGGUCACCAUGCUCCCUGCUACUUUUUAUAAAGACCAGAAGUUUGGUGUGGCCCUAUGUUAGGACAUCUGUGUGCAUCCUGAACAUCACCUGCAUCCGUCAGUGCAACAUGCGAGCCCACACCGAAUGAUAUUACCAAGUAACAUUAAUCCCAUAUGAUGCAUCUGGACUGCAGGUUGUAAAGCUUGGCUUCAUGUAUUGCCUGUCAAAGCAGCUCGGUGCCUCCGAUAACAUAAUAGUGGAUUUGUAAACAAGGUUUGUCAUGCAAGUCAGUGCUGACUGGUAAGGUGAUAAGGAAAGGCCCGAAAAUCUGCACCAUUUAGUAAUCAACUACAAAGCACUUGCAUUAGACUGGAAUAAUCUGUUUUGAUGUGCUGUUGUGUGCAAUCUUUAGUGGUGACAAGGCCAUUGUCACACAGCCAAUCAAUCCAACCAAUCUCCAAGGAAAUUACUUUCACCAAGACUUGUGUUACAGUAUUAUCAAACUGCUUUAUGCUCUACUUUAAAUGUGAUACUCCAUAGAUUUUGUGGAUUACAAAUGUAAAUGUUAAAUCAGCAUUAUCACUUGUGCAUUAAGCUUAGAGGAAAAUAAGUUUACAUUACCAAGAGUUGUCCUUUUUGGGGGAGGGGGGCAGGUAAUUUGGGAGGUGAUGCUUCUACCCAACAUCCCAGGCAGGAUUCUCCUGAGUUCAUUAAACCUGCCAUUAGUUUUGAUAAUAAGGAAACUUUACAUCAGUCCCUGUAUUUGUUUUGAAAAUAAGGAAACUUUACAUCAGUCCCUGUAUUUAUCAGGAAAUAGAUUUUUAAAAAUUCAAUGCAAAUUGCCAACAUUCACUGUAUCUACCAAAAUUCUAUGCAACCGGGUAUGAGAAUAAAAAUGUUUUGCACAUUCAA